AUGAGUUACUGGAGCCUCGAGAAGAGGAACUGCGUGCAAUAUCGGCGGCAUUUCUUAGUAGAUAAUAGCGUGUUCCACGUUGAAAGAUGCAUGAGCGUAAUGCAGUCUGGGACCCAGAUGAUCAAGCUGAAGAGUGGAAGCAAAGGCCUCGUUCGGCUCUUUUACCUGGAUGAGCACCGCACCCGCUUGCGAUGGCGACCCUCCCGGAAAAGCGAGAAGGCAAAAAUAAUCAUUGAUUCGAUUUACAAAGUCACCGAGGGCCGACAAUCAGAGAUCUUCCACCGACAGGCUGAGGGGAACUUUGACCCAAGCUGCUGUUUCACUAUCUACCAUGGAAACCACAUGGAGUCACUGGACCUCAUCACCUCCAAUCCCGAGGAGGCGAGGACCUGGAUCACUGGCUUGAAGUACCUGAUGGCUGGAAUCAGUGAUGAAGACUCUCUUGCCAAGCGACGGAGAACGCACGACCAAUAUCCUUUGUUGAGAUCUCAGCUCCCAUUUAGUGUGUAUAUGUUUGUGAGGUGGGAAGACCUGGCAGCAGGCACAUCAAAGUUGUUAGUCCAUGCUACUCGAUUGCUUAAAAAUGUGGCCAGAAAUGCUUCCCUGCCUCCCCAGAGGCUGGCUGCCCCCUCCAGCAGCAGUCACAAUGGCAUCUGUCGGGGAAUUGGUGGUGGUGAGAAAGGCAGCCUCUUCUCCACAGAUAUUUCUUCCCUCAGUGAUGGUUCUGGGGCCAUCCUUGGCUGGGUUGGAAGCAGGACUCAUGGUCCAGAGGCCAGUGUUAUUCCCAAAGCUUUUGAGGAAGUGAUGAAUUAUUUUUUUGUGCGUUAUGAAUUUGAAGUGAUGUUAAGACAUCAAAUUGACUGUUGGGAUGGCCCAGAUGGAGAGCCAGUGGUCCACCAUGGUUAUACUCUCACUUCAAAAAUCCUCUUCCGAGAUGUGGUCGAGACAAUCAAUAAAACCGCCUUUGUAAAGAAUGAGUUCCCAGUGAUCUUGUCCAUUGAGAAUCACUGCAGCAUUCAGCAACAGAAGAAGAUUGCUCGGUACCUAAAGGAAAUUUUCAGUGACAAACUGGACUUGUCAUCUAUCGACACAGGAGAUUCCAAGCAGCUUCCCAGCCCACAGAGUUUGAAAGGAAAAAUUUUAGUGAAGGGUAAGAAGCUCCCCUACCACCUUGGGGAAGAUGCAGAAGAAGGUGAAGUUUCAGAUGAGGACAGUGCUGACGAAAUUGAAGAUGACUGCAAAUUUAAGCUCCAUUAUAAUAAUGGAACAACUGAUCACCAAGUGGAAUCUUUCAUAAGGAAAAAGCUGGAAUCCCUAUUAAAAGAAUCUCAAAUCAGGGACAAAGAAGACCCUGACAGUUUCACUGUCAGAGCUCUGUUGAAAGCUACGCAUGAAGGCUUAAAUAUGCAUCUGAAGCAGAAUCCAGAAGUGAAAGAAAGUGGAAGGAAAUCUCACGGACGUUCCCUCAUGAGUAAUUUUGGAAAAUAUAAGAAAACAUCAAAGUCAAGGUCCAAGUCUAAUAGUACCGACGAUGAUGAGGAAGGACAACAUUCUGGAAAGGAGGGUGGCCAGCUCUACGGCUUAGGGACGCCGCUAGCCUCCAAGUUCAUCACCCAGGCAUUGGUUUGUUUCCUGUGUUUAUUCUCUUCCACGUGUUCAGGGUCUCCUCCAGUGAGUGACAAUGGCAUGGAGAUCAUUGACCCAUUUGUUGAAGUGGAAAUCAUCGGAUUGCCCGUGGAUUGUUGCAAAGAGCAAACGCGUGUGGUAGAUGACAAUGGAUUUAACCCUGUCUGGGAAGAGACGCUGACAUUUACUAUACACAUGCCAGAUAUAGCCUUGGUUCGCUUUCUUGUUUGGGAUCACGAUCCCAUUGGAAGAGACUUCGUUGGACAAAGAACAGUGACUUUCAGUAGUCUUGUGCCUGGCUACCGUCAUGUCUACUUGGAAGGGCUGACAGAAGCAUCCAUAUUUGUUCAUAUAACAAUCAAUGAAAUUUAUGGCAAGUGGAGUCCUUUAAUCCUCAACCCCAGUUACACUAUAUUGCAUUUUCUAGGCGCUACCAAGAAUAGACAACUCAUCGGCCUCAGGGGCCUUUUCAAUAAGAACCCCAAACACAAUUCUUCAGAAAACAGCUCCCAUUACGUCCGCAAGCGAUCCAUCGGGGAUCGUAUCCUGCGCCGGACGGCCAGUGCUCCGGCUAAGGGCCGAAAGAAAAGCAAAAUGGGCUUCCAAGAAAUGAUGGAGAUGAAGGAUGGCGUGUCCGAGGUGACUGGCUCGAGGGAGAAAGAUGGCGUCCUCCGCAGAACCACAAGGAGUUUACAAGCUCGCCCAGUUUCUAUGCCAGUUGACAAAAGUCUUCUGGGGGGGUUGUCGCUCCCCACAUCUGAACCAGCCAAAGAAACGGAAGGCAAAGAAAAAACAUUUGCAGAAAAUAAGGCCAAUGCAGAAAGUGGGAAAACUCAUGCAAAAGAACAAAGCUUGAUAAAUCUUGAUAAAAAGCUGUCUUCGCCCUCUUCAACUCUCCAUAAAAAUGGCAGCCAGGUGGAUGCUGUUGUCUCUCUUGUUGAUCAUGCACUGCCCCUAGAGGAAGAGUCAGGAGCCCCCAUCCAUCGUGGUGGGAAUGCCCAAUCGGACGUGCCCAAAGACUGUCAGAAAAGUCUGUCUCCCAAACACCUCGUCUCCCCAAGACAGCCCACGAGUAUUAGACCUGCUAUAAGUGAUAUAGGAACAAAGGAAAAUGGAAAUAUCUUUCUUUCAGAAACAAAUCGAACAUUGUCGGGCAAUGCCCCUUCUCAGAGUGACCUGGAGAUGCCAAAUGUUAAGGAUGCUGCUCCAAUGGCAGGCAGCGUUGUGACGUCCUUUUCAAUGAUGGACAUUUCUGCUGUUUGCUCUAAUGGGCAGGACUUGCAUUCCACUGCAAUUAUGCAGGACAGUGAAAUUUCGCAGCUUAUCGACAAUAUUACGUUAACAAACGAGAGUGAACUAGGCAGCUCAAUCUCGGCACUGAUUAGCCAGUUUGAUGCCACCAAGGAUCAAAUAAACCUCAGAGCUAUUUCUAGACUUCCAGAUAUCAGUGGUCAGACUCAUGGUAUGAUGUCAGGACAUCCUUCCUUGCUCACUUUUGAUUCAAAAACAGCCCUCAAAAAUAACUUUUCUAAGUCAAAACCUGCGUGGUCGUCUCGGUACUCAUCCCCUGAGACAACCGUCUGCUCUAGUCCUGAGACAACAGAAUAUUCCACAUAUACCAUCAUUCACGAGGCAGCUCUCACUCCAGUCCCUGGGUCCAAAUUCGUGGAUGAACGUAAUGGGAAGACCAACUUCCUGGCCUCAGAAGGUGGCGUUGCUCAGCCAUCCCCAUUAUCCAAAAGUCCCCAAAAGAAUUAUGGAAAGGAUUGGGAAAAUGACGCAACUUUUGGCGUGUCCACUUCCGAUGAUUUGACCCUGGACGGUAUAAUCGAUCAUGCUCUUUGUCAAAAUUCUGGAGAGAGUAGUCUAGAAGAAAUUGGUGAAGACUCACAAGAUCUCUUGGUAACAACUCAUGAGUUUAAGAGGGAGGAUCUGAGUCAACUUGCUUCCCCUUUGAAACUAAAACAUUGCCAGGAGACGGACUCACCCUGUCCAAAAAUCUCUGGAAAUGGCUUCUUCCAACCGUCUGCCCUUGAACUUUCCAACCAUAUUCAAAUGCUAAAAACCCGGAGUAUUUCUUGUCCAGCUUAUCAGAGCGCCGGCUUUGGGUGUAAUAAUUAUUUCCAGUGUCCAGAGGCCCCAAACAAUGCGACUUGUCUCCCCCAGGGAUCCGAUUCUCAAGGUCUACAGCAAUCAGCCUGUCCUUUGCAAGCCCGAAAACAGCCUAGCCCUUGCAAAUCCAAAAGCCUGGGAGACUUGACUUCAGAGGACAUCUCUUGCAAUUUUGAAAGCAAGUACCAGUGCAUCAGUAGGAGCUUCAUUACGGCAGGUCUGCGAGACAAGAAGAGUGUGCCCUUCGGAGCCAAGGGGAUGGAGCCUGUGGACACUCUGACGGAACAGCUCCGAAAACUUGUGUCCUUGGACCAGGAAGACUGCGGGCAAGUGCUGGGGCCACGGCCAGAGGACAGGGAGUACCCCAAGGCGCUGGUCAGGAAGCUGUCCUCCCGAAGCCAGAGUCGUGUGCGAAACAUUGCCAGCCGUGCCAAGGAAAGGCAAGAAGCGGGCAAGCAGAGGUCUUCCCCCUCCGGCAGCGGUGGAGGCAUAGUCUUGAGAGCCAAGUCUUCUGCCCCUGCACAGGUGGUGAACAGACACUCCACUGGCUCUUACAUAGCAGGGUAUUUGAAUAAUCUCAAAAGUCGGGGCCUCGAAGGCCGUGGUAUUCCGGAGGGGGCUUGCACUUCUCUUUUCAACGGCUACAUCGACCAGUUUUGUAUGGACGAUUCAGUCCUCCAGACUGAACCAAGCAGUGAGGACAAACCAGAAAUUUAUUUCCUCCUGAGACUCUAA